AUGUAAUAAGAAACUCAAAAUAAGAAAAUCACCUUCAAAUUUCUUAAUGUAAUGCGAUUACAUAUUUUAGCAAUUAAAACUAAUGAUCAAGCCUUCUUAAAAAAUUGUAUAAAUUACUCAUGCACUAGUAACAUUAUUAAGUGGAACAAUAGCAUCAAUUUAAGGAAAUUAAAUUAAAUCUGAUUGGUAAUCUAUAAAAUAAUGUUUACGAAAUACUAAUGAAAUUUUAGAGAUAAUUAAUGAUCCUUAAACAUUUUAAAAAAGAGUACGUUUUGAAAAUGUAGAGAAAUCAAUGAUGGUUUUAUAAUAAAUUCAAUAAUAAAAUGAAAAUGGGUAAAUUGAUGAGAUUUUUGAAAUAAUUCAAGAUACUUUCAAUUAACUUUUAACUAUUUCAAAACCUUUGUUUAAAAAUUUAUUAUUGUGCAAAAGAAAUAAUUAAAGAAAUAGGUCAUUAAGUUAAUAAGGUUUUUAAAACAUAAAUAAACUUUAAUAAUCCUAAAAAUCAUUCUCCAAUAAAACAAAUAUUUCCUAAUCAUAAAUAAAUAAUACUCAUAGUAAAAUUAAUAGACCCAAAAGUCAAUAAUAAUCAAACCUUAGUCUUAGUCGUUCUUCAUCCAAUUCUAAAGAUUAUUAAAAAAGAGUAAUAGAAGCCUAAACUAAAAAAGUAUAUUGUAAAUUAAAAAUAGUAAUCAAGAUUAGAUAAAAUUUUGAAAUUGCAGACAAAUAAACCAACAGCUAAAUCUUAAAUAAAAUAAAUGAUUGAUGGUCAUUAAUCUUUAAAUAGAUCUUAGAGAUCAAAUAGUAAGGAAUCGUUAAUGAAACAAGAAAUAGAAAAAAACAAAUAAAAAAUAUAAAAAUUGAAAUAAUAAGAAAAUGCAAUAAAAUGGGAAAUAGAAAGAGAAAGUAAAAGAAUUAAAGAAAAUGAAAUUGUAAAUUAAAUUUAAGAUGAAAUCAAUAGAUAUAAGAUAAGCUGGGAAAAUGAUUAAAAAAUUAAGAAGGAAAAGCGAAAUAGUAAAAUUAAGUAAAAUAAUUAAAAAAAAUAAAAUAAUACAAACCAUGAAUCUGAAAGAAAUAAUUCUUUAAAUUACAAUGAAAAUAAAGGUAUUAAUUUAAAAUAAGAUCUUUUGUUAUCUGAGAAAUUAAAAAGUGAAAAGGAAUAAUCAUUAAGUAAAAUAUUAAAAACAAUAAAUAAUUCUAAAUAGAAAUAGUUUAAAUGA